CGAGUUCCCCACCAUAUUUAGCAACAAUAAUUUCGUGACCAUCAGUCGAUUUACAAUUAAUAUAUUCUAUCCGCGUCCCGUUGUAUAAGCAAAUAUGUUACAAAAUAGAAAAAUCAAAGACGACACCACUUUUAUCGUCGAUUUAUCGGAGUUAUUAAGCGAGAAAAUUAAUGGGAAAAUAGUGAAUCACCAUGUGGAACCGCUAAUGCCCGUGGGCGGUGAAAAUUUCGGUAGUGAAAUGGUGAAAAUCGACGUCACCGUUGAAGAUUCAAAUGGGAAUCAGACAGUUCUACAUGGAGUUGGUAAGCUGCUACCCUCCACUGAACUACAACGGGAAAUGUUUAGUGUUCAAGUGACUUUUAAGAGUGAAAUCGGGUUUUAUAGUGAAAUUGUACCAACUUUAAUAAAAUUUCAAGCAGAACACGGGAUGGCUUCUAUGGAAUAUUUUGCAGAAUUGUUAGGGGCUAGGACCAGCCUAGAGCCUCAUAGUAAGACGGUCGAUGAGAAUGCAGUGAUAAUUUUGGAAAAUCUAAAACUGAAAGGUUUCCAUAACCAGGAUCGCCUAGAGGGUUUCGAUUUGGAAUCCACUAAAAAAGUGCUUCAAUCCCUAGCCAACCUCCAAGCGACCACCCUCUCCUUACGUAAAAAACAGCCGGAGUUAUUUGAAACAAAAGUGAGGCCUCACUUACACGAACCCAGACCACUACCGCCCUUUAACUAUGAUAAACUAUUAACAGAGAAUCUGGAAACAGCUACCUUGGUUGGAAAAAUUCACAACUUGCUUAAUAAAAGCCAAAGAACCAUUAUAAGAGAACCCUGGGCCACCGUGACCCAUAACGACUUCUGGAUUAAUAACAUUAUGAUAACCAAUAAAGCUGAUGGUACCAUAGACAAGAUAAAGUUAAUAGACUUUCAGAUGCCCGAUUACUCCUCACCGGUGAGGGACGUGAUAUUUUUCCUGUUUAGCAGCGUUUCGAUGCCCGUAUUAAGGUACCACCUGGACAAACUGCUUCAGUAUUAUUUUACAGAGUUCAUCUCGGUUUUAAAGAAGUUUGACGUAGACCUAAAGGAGUUCACAUACGAAAGUUUUCUGGAAGAAUUGAGGUUAGAGGGUGGAUUACAGGUGCAUCACUCCCUGUUUAUGGUACCGAUUAUUCUGGCACCCAAGGAGAAGAGGGUUGAACCCAAUAAUUCUAAUAAAUUAGCGCCACCUUUGGAAGGACAGCAGCAUUUUACCAGUGCUAUGAAGGAAAAGAUAUGGUUUAUUGUAGCAGAAGCUGCCAAAAGGAACUGGAUAUAGGACUGUUUUUGAGUUAGUUUAAUGUAAAAGUUUUAAAUAUAAAUUGUAUUUAAAUGAUGA